CUCCGGGGAGCCCGGCUUAAUGGGAAACUGGGCAAUGAGAAGUUCCUUGUGACACACUAAUCCCAACCUGCUGACUGGACAUGCCCCCGGCCGAGGGCACCACCAGAGCUCCAGGUCGGUGCAGGUACCAGGUAACCCCAAGGAGGAACUGCUGACCUGGCAGGGGCAACCAAGACACAGGUGAAAUCACACUGCCUGCAACCUGAAGAAACAGAAUUGGAACUCAGGUCCUGCUUCUGUUCUGUCCUUGGCUGGCUUCUCUUAGAGCAGGCAGGAAGGGCUAGACCUGCUAGAGUCCAGAACAAAGGAAGCAGCAGGCCCUUUCUUCCCCGAGGGCUGUGUCCUCAGAGGCAAUAUGUCAGAGGGGGUGGGCACAUUUCGCAUGGUCCCCGAAGAGGAGCAGGAGCUCCGGGCGCAGCUAGAGAAGCUCACAACCAAAGACCAUGGGCCUGUGUUUGGCCUGUGCAGCCAGCUGCCGCGCCACACCUUGCAGAAGGCCAAGGACGAGCUGAACGAGAGGGAGGAGACUCGGGAGGAGGUGGUGCGGGAGCUGCAGGAGCUGGUGCAGACACAGGCAGCGUCCGGGGAGGAGCUGGCCUUGGCGGUGGCGGAGAGGGUGCAGGGAAGAGACAGUGCCUUCUUUCUGCGUUUCAUCCGGGCACGCAAGUUUGACGUGGGCCGCGCCUAUGAGCUGCUCAAAGGCUACGUGCACUUCCGGCUGCAGUAUCCCGAGCUCUUCGACAGCGUGUCUCUGGAGGCCGUUCGCUGCACCAUCGAGGCCGGCUACCCGGGUGUGCUCUCCAGCCGGGACAAGUACGGCCGAGUGGUCAUGCUCUUCAAAAUUGAGAACUGGCAGUCUGACGAGAUCACCUUCGAUGAGAUCUUGCAGGCGUAUUGCUUCAUCCUGGAGAAGCUCCUGGAGAAUGAGGAAACUCAGAUUAACGGCUUCUGCAUCAUUGAGAAUUUUAAGGGCUUUACCAUGCAGCAGGCUGCCAGCCUCCGGGCCACCGAUCUCCGGAAGAUGGUGGACAUGCUGCAGGAUUCCUUCCCCGCCCGGUUCAAAGCCGUGCACUUCAUCCACCAGCCCUGGUACUUCACCACCACCUACAACAUGGUCAAGCCCUUCCUGAAGAGCAAGCUGCUGCAGAGAGUGUUUGUCCAUGGAGACGACCUCUCUGGCUUCUUCCAGGAGAUCGACAAGAAUAUCCUGCCUGCUGACUUCGGGGGCACCCUGCCCCCAUAUGAUGGCAAGGUGGCCGCUGAGCAGCUCUUUGGGUCCCAGGCCCAAGCUGAGAACACGGCCUUGUGAGGCACCUCCUCCAUCCAAGCUGUAGUUAGCAUCCCUGGCCACUCUUCAGCUAUCCCAGGCCCAGACUGGCAAAGGGCUGCCUGAAGUGACUGUAGUUUCCCUACCCUCCCUAAACUUAGGUGAGUUCAGAGGUCAUCUUCAUCUCAAGAUGGGGGAGGGGCAGUAAAGUAGGGCAAGUCCCUUGAAUGGAAGGACUGGGGCAGUCAUCUCCCCAUCUUCCUUGGAAGCUGUAGGAUGGUGACUUUGUGUGAAGCUGAAUUUCAAAGACUCCACUUAGACCUCUCAGUAAUUUCUUUUGUCACAGAGCUUCACUGUUUAGGAUCUGUAAAAACAGGCAAGGAAGUGGGGUUACUGCCCGCAGCAAUAAACAGGAUCAAAGUGGAGGGACUUAGGCUCAGAUGAUUUGGCAGACACAGUGAUAUUGGUGCCCUGUGGCAGGGGAGGGGUUUUCUGCACAGAAUUCCCGGGGGGAAGAAGCUGUGGAGCAGCUUCCUUUUAGGGUGGCCCUCUCAGUCAGGUGCCGUCUGAUUUGUGCAGCCAGGGUUAGGAACUUGGACCUCCUUCAGGUGACAGCCAUGUCCCCCACUGUCUGUCUGGGGGGAUGGGUCUGCUACACCCCUCCAGAGCCCUGGCCUGUGUGUGACUCUAAAAAUGUACAGGUGGCAUCUCUCUGGACUCUCUCAGCCCUCACAGCAGAAGUGCUUGUCUUCAGUACAUUACAGGGAGGAGCUCAAGUAUGAGCACAUUGACAGCUACGUCGUGUGGGGUAGUGUGGUGCCAUUCUGUAUGCUUUGAUAAAUACAAAUGCUUUCUU